UUUCAUUCUCCGUUCCAGCUACAAACUCAGAUGUACCCAUACCCGCCCUACUCCCAAGACUACGGAAUGAGCCAGUUUUACGGGUCCGCUUUGCCCACCUUCAUCGUCCUCUCUCUCGUCCUUCUGUCGCCGUCGUUGAUUAAGAGCGUUGUUUACGAGAAGGAAACGGGCGUAAGGGAACUGAUCCGCCUGAUGGGCCUAGAGAGAUGGCUCGUUUGGCUCGGGUGGUUCCUGCAUUCCUUCGUCGUCAUCCUCGUCGUGUCAACUAUCAUGACGAUUCUGCUCAAGUUGGAACUCACGCCCAUGGAUGACACGUCGGGUUUCCUGCCGCCCAUUAUCAUCCACACCGACCCCUUCUUCAUGUGGGUGCUCUUCGUGCUCUACGGUGUCUCCUCCAUCGCCUUCUGCUUCGCCGUGUCUACCUUCUUCAGCAGACCCACGCUCGCCACAACCCUAGGCAUCCUGCUGUGGCUGACAUCCUACUUCCUGCCUCGUCAGCUGAUGGACUUCGAGUACAACACCCUUGGUCUGGCGCCGAAGGUCCUGUCCUGCUUCUUACCCAACAUGGCCAUCACCUGGGCCUUCAGGAUCAUUGCUAUGUUUGAAGGGAGAGCGUUGGGCGUGCAGUGGAACAACCUGUGGGACACCGGCAACCCUCGGGAUCAGCUGACUCCGGCUAUGGUCCUCAUCAUGCUGGCUGUCGACACCAUCUUGUACCUUUUCAUCACAUGGUACGUCGAUCACGUCAGCCCGGGCAAAUACGGAGUUCCUUUGCCGUGGUACUUCCCGUUCCAGAGGAGCUACUGGUGUGGUGCAUCUCCGACAGAGGAUAACGCUCGAAGCUUCGACUCUGAGUCACCCGAGGAAGAGUACUUCGAGGAGGAACCGGAGGGUCUAAAGCCGGGAAUCACUAUAAAGAAAUUACGGAAGGAGUUCAAGACACUGGGAGGGAAGACGAAGGUGGCCGUCGAGGACGUGUCUCUAACGUGUUACGAGGGCCAGUGCACGGUCUUGCUUGGGCACAACGGCGCCGGCAAGACCACUACGAUGUCCGUCCUCACAGGUGUGUACGCUCCUUCGGCUGGCUACGCAGAAGUGGGCGGCUGGGACAUCGCGACCAACCUGAAGAAGGCGAGGGAGGAGAUCGGACUGUGCCCACAACACAACAUGCUGUUCAUUGACCUCACCGUUCUCCAGCAUCUCCUCUUCUUCGGUAGACUAAAAGGAAUGACAAAGCAGGACGCUCGGAAGGAAGCUGAGGAGCUCAUGCAGCGACUGGAACUGAAGGAGAAGAAAAACAUGUUUGGCAACCAGCUGUCCGGAGGGAUGAAGAGGAAACUCUGCCUCGCUAUUGCUCUCAUUGGAGGGUCGAAGGUGGUGAUUCUCGACGAGCCGAGCAGCGGCCUCGACCCAGAAUCCCGUCGAUGGGUGUGGGAAGUGGUGCAGGGGGAACGUGGGCGCCGGACCGUGCUCGUCACCACACACCACAUGGAAGAGGCCGACGUGCUGGGCGACCGCAUAGCCAUCAUGGCGUCGGGAAGGGUCGUCUGCUCCGGAUCCACGCUCUUCCUCAAAAACAAAUUUGGCGAUGGAUACACACUGACGAUAAUGGUAUCUGAUAAUAGUAACGUCAAAGACAUAAAGACAGAGGUCGUGAAGCAUCUCCCUGAAGCCUCCUUGAGGUCAUCCCAGGGCGGCGAAGUAACCUUUAAACUACCCCCGGUGACAGCCUCGUUCGCCCCUCUUCUCGACUCGCUCACAGAACAGAAAGAAAAACUGGGAAUCCGACAUCUCGGCCUAUCACUCACCAGCAUGGAGCAGGUCUUUCUACGAGUCGGCGACUUUGCUGAGGGCACUGACAAGGAGCCGGAACAAGGGUUGAACGGAACACUGUACGACAGGAUAAACAUUGACGACAACGCCAACAAUGGGCUCCUGGGGAACCACCAUCAGGACGCCAAUAAAUACAGUAGUCAGCGUUUUCUUUUCAAUAGUCAAGCAGAAGUGGACAUGAGGCUGACAGGAUGGACGUUAUUGAAGCAGAGAAUAAGAGCGUUUUUCGCCAAGAGAAUGAUUUAUUCCAAGAGGAAAUGGGUUCUCCUUCUUACACAGGGUUUCCUUCCGGUACUGAUCACCAUCAUGUGUCUCUUGGUCGAUUCUUCCUUCAACGAGGAAACAUUCCAGGAACCUCCACGAGUCCUCGACAUUUCAAUGUUUACUCACAGCAAGUCCUUCGUGCACGCUGACCAGGGCCACCAGGAUCUCGCCGCCUCUUACGAGAGUCUCUUCUAUGAUCCUUAUGAGGUGGAGUACACAGACAACCUGACUGACAGUCUUUUAGCUGAGGCAGAAAAGGAUCUUUUCCAGUACCGUGAAAAUAACAUUUGUUCGGCCGACUUCGAAGCCGGUUUCCUCGGACUAACAACAAACAUGAAAUCCGUAUAUCAGUCGGUGCCUUACCACGCCCCAGGAGUCAGCACCACGAUGGUCACUAACGCCCUUCUCAGCUUCGCCACCAACUCGUCCAACCACUCGAUUACCACAGUCAACCGCCCUCUGCCACCAAACAGGACGUGGAUGGUGGGUCGAACCAGCACCUCCGGCAGCGCCUUCGUCUACGCCAUGGUGAUGCCCCUCGCCCUCGCCUUCCUGUCUGCCUCCUUCCUCGUGUUCCCUCUGGAGGAGCGAGAGACGAAAGCUAAGCAGGUCCAAGUCAUGACAGGCGCUCCACUGUGGGCUCUGUGGACCACGACCUUCCUGUGGGACCUCCUUACAUAUAUGGUGUCCGCUUUGGCAGUCUUUAUAGUCUUCAUGUUAAUGGAUUCGAAGGAUUAUUUCACCGUCGCUCAAGCACCAGGUGCACUGUUCUUGCUGCUAGUGCUGUAUGGCUGGGGUAGUAUCCCAAUGGCUUACGUCUUCAGCUUCCCCUUCCAAACCGCAGCCUCCGGUUUUGCUGUUUUGGCUCUCAUCAACAUCGUUGCAGGCCAGAUCAUCACCACUGCUGUUUGGGCGCUGGAUCUCUCAGACCAGCCUGACCUUAUCAUUGUUAGUGAUGUUCUUCACUGGGUUACUUCCCUUAUUCCUGCAUACCCGGCGUCUAUGGCCUUCAUGCACUUGGUUGACACUAGUACAUACAACACCCAGUGCGACCAGUUCAACGAGACGGUUAAGGAGGAACUGUGUAAUACGCUAACUCAGAUGCUGCCCAACAACAGCUAUAUGAUAUGUUGUCCCCAAUGCGCAGAGGUGGGUACAGGAAUCUGCUUUGAAAAACGCUCGUACUUCAUGUUCAAUAGCGAUGGCAUGGGACCCAAUCUGCUCACGCUAUUCGUCAACGGCGUGAUCUUCCUGUCAGUCCUCGUGUUAUUGGAAAGCAAGGCUGCCAAAGUAUUGAAGAGCGCUUGGUGGCGACUGGUGAGUCGUUGCUCGCAUGGCAAAGGUAGUAAGACAACCCCUGCUUGGGAGUUAACACAGGACAACGACGUUGCUGCAGAGGCUGAUUUAGUGCGAAACGUGUUUGAGUCGCGUCAAGCCGGGGGUGGGUUGGAUGACUCUGCCCUGCUCGUCUCCAGCUUGAGGAAGCAGUUCCUGGGAGCCCCUCGGCCGGCGGUCAGUGGCGUGAGCUUCCGCGUGGCCAGAGGGGAAUGCCUUGGCCUCCUGGGGGUUAACGGAGCAGGCAAGACGACGACCUUCAGGAUGUUGACCGGGGAUGAGGAACCCUCUUCAGGAGACGCCAUGAUAGAUAACAUAUCACUUCACAGGGACAAGAACAAGUUUGUGCAGCAGAUAGGCUACUGCCCUCAAUUCGACGCUGUUCUUGGCGAGCUGACAGCCAUCGAGAUGCUGACGCUCGUGGGCAGACUAAGAGGAGUCAGCGACGCACGGAUGAAGCGCCUGGUUAACGAGUUGGUGACUCUGGUUGGUCUCACGGAAUGUGCGCUGCGCCCUUCUUCCACAUAUUCGGGAGGAAACCGCAGGAAGCUCUCCACUGCCAUGGCGCUAGUUGGGUCCCCGCAGCUGGUGUUCCUUGACGAGCCAACCUCAGGCGUCGACCCAGCAUCUCGGCGCCGAGUGUGGACCGCCGUCACGAAAGCAAUCAACAACGGCCAGAGUGUGGUCCUCACCAGUCAUUCCAUGGAGGAGUGCGAGGCGCUAUGUUCCCGUAUCAUUAUCAUGUCUCGUGGAACCCUUCGUUGUGUAGGAACCACGAGCCACUUGAAGGCUAAAUUUGGCCAAGGUUACAGUCUCCAGAUAAAACUGAGAACCCAUGGCUUAUGUCCCCAGGGCGCUACAAACAUUGAAGACGUCUACACAUCAAAGGUUCAGCAAGUAAAGAGUUCCAUCAGUUACUGUCUUCCUGGAGCCGUGAUUAUAGACCAACAUAAGGGCAUGUUGUCGUACAGGAUCCCAAGUAGGAUAUCGUGGGGGCGUCUCUUCUCCGUGAUGGAAGCGCUGAAGAACGGCAGACAACCCAGCGACCGAGACACUGACGUGGUCGCCAGCCCCGUCGCCAACCUGCAGGAGUCUAUCGUGGAGGACUACGCCGCGUCUGACACUUCGUUGGAGCAGGUGUUUUUGACUUUUGCCAGAGAAGCUUCGGGCGAAAACCAGAAUAAACACAUUCCUCAGGAAGUUGUCACGAAAUUGUGAAGUCACGUCUAACUUUGCAUGUGCCCGUCUUCUGCUUGUUGGCAGAAUGUGAUCGUGAAUGUGUACAGUGAAUGUUAUCUUUAGGAAUUUUUUUAUGUUAUUAAAAGACAAUGACUUCUAGGGCUUCUAGAAGAUACCUUUGUGUAAUUUCAUUUUAGGACCUUCAACCUCAU